AUGGCCAUAAAGUUAAAAAGGCCAUGGGUGGGUAUCGCUAUUCCUUGUUCCAUUAUAUCAUUUAUUGGGUAUAAUGCUCAUUACUUCAUACUGGCAAACUUUCUUUCAAAGAAGAGACAAAUUAUAUUCCAAUGCUUUCUGUGCAUGAUUUGGUUGUCAUAUUAUUUAGCUAUUUACACUAAUCCAGGAAAGCCAACACAUUUUAAACCUCAGGAUACUAGUACAUUAAAAUUUUGCAAGAAGUGUGAGAGUUGGAAACCCGAAAGAUCUCAUCAUUGCAAAACAUGCAACCAGUGCGUACUAAUGAUGGAUCAUCAUUGUCCUUGGACAAUGAAUUGCGUCGGAUAUUAUAAUUAUCCGCAUUUUUUAAGGUUUUUACUUUGGGUUCUUAUUACUACAGGUUUUUUAUUCCUUCAACUUUGCACUAGAAUUAAAUUCGUCUGGGAUCAUAGAAACUUCAGAAAUGUAUCUACUCAAGUCAUAACCAGAAGUGAACUGAUUUUCUUAACUAUAUUGACCCCUUUUGAUGCAUUUAUCUUUCUUACGAUUUUCAUUUUAUUUGUUAGGUGCGUUAGAAAUCAGAUCUUCAAUGGUAUGACACAAAUUGAGAAUUGGGAGUUAGAGAGACUAGAGAGUUCAUAUUAUAGACGAAAUUCAAAACUUUUGUCAAUUUUGAUCAAUAAGCUGUACGAACUAUAUCCUGAAGAAAAGACGGCUGAACAUGAGGGUGAAGCUAUAGAUUUAAUAGAGAGAAAAUCCAAACAUAGACUAAGGUUCAUGACUGUAGUAAACUUCCCGUUUGAUAAUGGAAUAGUAAAGAACAUAUCAACUGUUUUAGGAUCAUCUCCUUUACUAUGGCUAUGGCCCUGGACUAUACCUAGUGGUAAUGGUCUAUCAUACGAACAUAACGAAUUUUCUACAUAUGAGAAAGGUUCUUCUUUGCAAGAUAUUGUAUUGUCCUUACCUUGGCCACCUGAUGGUGGUAGACUGGCCGCCAAUGUGGAUCAUAAACCACAAGUGGAGGUACUCCAAGAUGAUGGUGAGUUCAUGAUAAGAAACAACGAAGGUCUAACCGAAAGGAGAAAUACAUGGAAGAAUGAAUGGGGUGAAGAAUUAGAAGAUUUUGGUGUUGAUCCAGAAGAAGACUAG